GAUACGCAAUUCAAGAUCUAGUUCUAUCAUCAUCACGCGCGGGGUCACCUUACAAAAGUGACCUUUCAAGUAUGGACGUCACAAUACAAACAUAUUGUCUGUAUAGAAGGACAUGUAUAUAAUAAUGUCUUUCAAUCCCCGUAUUCUGCAUGCGAUGGUAUAGCGUUCUAUAGAGGGGUGGAUAUAAGAAUUUAAAGAGGAAUACAUUAGCUGCAAUCAGAGGAUAUCUUCUUCUCCCUCCUUCUUAACUAUUUUUGGAUCUUUGUAGUUUUGUCAAAAUCAUCAAAUAUUUUAUGUUUUCAUCUAACGAUUAAAACUCCUCCUUAACAGAUGUUUAUUUGAAAGAGAAAAACUAAAUUUAAAUACCCUUGCUUCCAAAAACUAAAAAAAUAUCACAGAACCAUGAUGAAAUCGUUCGGUUCGAUACGUUGUAGCAGAUGUUUGAUUUCCGCAAGCCGCGUCGUAUAUAAAGCAAAGGGCGCAAAGGAAACACGGACACUAAAUUAAAAGCAGAAAGCAUGGCCGCCACUCUCCAAAUCCUACAAAGUUUCCUGUUUAUUUCAACCAUUUUUGUUUCUUGUGAAGGUUGGUGGUUGGCAAAGAAAGAAAGAUGUUACCGACACAUUGGAUGCUUUAGUGAUUACAAACCUUUCAACAACCUUAACAUUCUAGGGAAAAAAUACUUACCAGACUCCCCAGCAAAAAUCAAACCGCGAUUUUAUCUUUUCACUCAGCAGAAUAUCAGCGUGGACGAGGAACUUUUUCCCUACAACCGCAUCGCCAUUUCUUCGUCAGGUUUUGAUUCCAGGAGAAUGACGGUUGUCAUCAUCCACGGAUUCUCCGCAACCUCACAUGAUUACCGCCUCACGGACUUGAGGAAGGCAUUUCUGGAAAAAUAUGACUACAACGUUGUGAUGGUUGACUGGUCUCCGGGAGCUGACCACGUCAACUACCUGCAGGCCGCUGCUAACACCCGGGUAGUGGGCGCUGUGACGGCCGGGCUGCUGGAGGCCCUGAGGGACGUGAAGGACCUCGACCUCGCCCAACUCCACCUGGUGGGCCACAGUCUGGGCGCCCAUAUCUGUGGUUAUGUCGGGAGGAGACUGAAAGGAAUCGGUCGUAUAACAGGGUUGGACCCAGCUGGGCCCUUUUUUGAGGACACUAAGACCCCGGUACGUUUGGACCCCAGUGACGCCACUUUUGUUGACGUCAUUCACACAGAUGGGCGAAAAUAUUUUGGUUUCGGCAUUAUUAUCCCCGUGGGUCAUGUCGAUUUCUAUCCUAACAAGGGUAAACACCAACCUGCUUGCAAGACAAACACAUUUGGUACCAUCCGCAAACUAGUGUCUGCAAAGUUGGACAGUUUGUCGGCCGAUAUAGCUUGCAGUCACAUGAGAUCCAUCUUACUGUUUACGGAGUCCGUUCGGUCCUCGUGUAGAUUCAGGGCUUGUUGUGAUACAUGUCCAAUACAGUGCACGACGAUGGGUUUGAACGUGGACCGAGAUGUUCGUGGAAGCUACCGCUUGACCACAAACUGUGCUUCCCCGUUUUGCCGAGGAUGAAACAACAGCUCAUAUAAAGUGCAAUUGUUUAUGAAGAGAUUUGACCGUUGUUAUUCACUUUUCAUUUGUAUGCACACUUU